GCAGACGCUCAUUGCAUCCGAGAAGCUUUCUUCACUCGCCUCGUCUUAUCGUCGUCUUCGAUUCUCGUAUCGGAUCUAUGGACGUACGCAAUGGAAGCUUGGGUUGGUUAGUAAUGGCAGUAUGGGUCUCGGUGAGUGCGUUGCGAGCGCAAAGCUCCAAGUUUGAUGAGCUCGUGCAGCCGAGCUGGGCCACCGACCAUGUAAUCCACGACGGCGAGCUUCUCAAGCUCAAGCUUGACAACUCUUCCGGCUCUGGAUUCGCGUCCAAGAGUAAGUAUCUCUUCGGCAAGGUCACCGCGGAGCUCAAGCUCGUGGAAGGGGACUCCGCCGGAACUGUCACCGCUUUCUAUAUGUCAUCGGAAGGGGCGAACCAUCAUGAGUUCGACUUCGAGUUCCUGGGGAACAGAACAGGGGAGCCGUACCUGGUGCAGACGAACCUCUACAUCAAUGGAGUCGGAAACCGAGAGCAGCGGAUGGACCUGUGGUUCGAUCCCACCACCGAUUUCCAUGCCUAUUCUAUCCUCUGGAACCCGCAGCAGGUGGUGUUCCUCGUCGACGACACGCCCAUCCGCGUGCUCUCCAACCGCGCGGCGUCGCGCAGCGGCAUUGCGUUCCCCGGCGACCAACCGAUGGGCGUCUACAGCUCCAUAUGGAACGCCGACGACUGGGCCACCGAGGGCGGCCGGGUGAAGACCGACUGGUCCCACGCGCCCUUCGUAGCCACGUUCCGCAGCCUCCGCAUCGACGGCUGCGAGUGGGCGCCCGGCGCGGAGGUUGCGGCGGAGCUGCGGCGGUGCAGCGCCAGCGAGCAGGGGAAGGAGGGGCGCUACUGGUGGAAGGAGAAGGAGAUGGAGGUGCUCACGGUGCACCAGAGCCACCAACUAAUCUGGGCGCGCGCCAACCACCUGGUCUACGACUACUGCAGCGAUCCCGGCCGCUUCCCGUCGCAGCCACCGGAGUGCAAUAAAUAAAUUAACCGGGUCCACUUUCAAAUUUCAUGUAACUACACAAUCUCUCUCAGUCGCCUGCUCCGGCGAACCUCUGGUUCAUCUUCUCUUCUGUUCGCCGCUUACUGUGCACUCGUUCUCUCUUCUAAUGGAUGCGUAAGAAAGUUUAGGGAAUUGGGAAAGCUUGUCUGUUUGGACGUUGAGGCAUUGGAUUCUUUAGCAAACGCUCGUGAAAAUGCACUGCAUUUAACAGCAUUGGUAAAGAAGACAGUCGUUAAAAUAUUUUUUUUCUGCUUUUGAAGGAUUAAAAGUAGUACAAUUCACAUGAA